AUGAUGUGUGUAAAGUGGUGUUUGCGUGGAAAAUUCUUCGGGAAGGUCCUGUUUGUGAUGGCUACCUUUGGAGUAUUGUUGGUGCUACAGGGAACUGUAGAGAUUGAAGAGACAACUAAAGUGACAGUUAACAAGGUUUUGGAUGUUGAAACUUUAUAUAGGAAUUCUAAAUAUCCUCCACAUUCAAACAGAGCUAUGAAAGUUCACAAACAUGUUAGGAAUGAAUGGAUAUUGGAUGGACACACUUGUCGAAACAAUUCUGAUUUCUUCCUAACAGGAGUGUUACUGGAUGGUCCUCAGGGUACGCUUCCUAUUUAUAUUCAUUUUCCCGUCGAGGAUCAGCAUAUUUCUGGUGGUAUAUCUCGUGAAGGCGCUUGGGAACCUCGUUUAGUAAAUUACGUACAUUCUAUUUUACUCAAUGAUUCUAGUCUGGAUUUUAUUGAUAUCGGUGCCAAUAUUGGUGUCUAUACCUUAACCAUGGCAAAACUUGGACGUCAAGUAAUAGCCAUUGAACCAUUUAAACCCAACAUCAAAAGACUGUGUCGAACUCUGGAAGAAAAUCGUGUUAAUGAUAAAGUGACUUUAAUAACCAAUCCAUUGUCAAACAAUAGAAGUCUUGUCGCCAUGGAAACACAUUUUGGAAAUGUCGGCGGUACGAAUGUUCGAAAGAGCUUUUCCAACGAUUCUGAGAUCUUACAAACUAUUACCUUAGAUGAUGUGUACAAAUUUAAACCCCUGAAAAGAGCUGUGAUUAAAAUGGAUGUAGAAUCCUUUGAAACCAAUGUUUUGCUUGGUGCUGUUAACUUCUUUGAUAAAGUGGACGUACCAUUCAUGCUCAUGGAAUGGCUCUUGCAUAAAUGGAAGAAAGAUGCUUCCAAAAUUAUCAAGUUUAUGACGGACAGAAAUAUGUUUCCUUAUACAACGGAUUCUCCUCCCGUCCCUUUGCAACUGUAUUUAUUUAAUGGAUGGCCAAACGAUAUAUUUUGGAUUAAAAGGGGUGCUUUUGAUAUUUUUGAACCAAAUGUUUUCUAA